UCGGCUGAUGACAUCAUGAAACGGCUGUUUUCAGCCUGCUUGAUCAUCCUUCUAACACUGAACGUUUGUGGAUGCCAGGCCCCUCAAGGUCAACAUGGACAGCGCCAGGUGGGGUCGCUCAGCACCCCAGGCCCAGGUGGUGGUAACAUUAGGUGGAUCAGAGGUGGGAGGGAAUGGAGAAGAGCUGAUCCCAAUCUUAUCAAUCGCCUAUGGAAAAGCAGGACACCGCUGGGCAAUGCCGAGCCUUACAUCGUCAUGGCGCUCCUCAUUGGGUUCGUGACAGUUGUGAUUGGCUGCUGGCUGUCGGAUAACUGCUGGUCACCGGAACCGGAACAUAUCGUCACCAUUGCCUAGAAAUGGCGGCACCCAGGACGCGCUGUGAUCGCCCAGCCAAGAAUUCAAGCUCAAAAAGUUCUAAUGUGCAACAGCAACAGAAUCCCAAGUGAUGCACGACUG